CUGUGCAACUCACAGUGACUAAGCAGUGGCGUUAGGUGCUGCCUCCCUCCCCUCCCAGUAUACUUGUAGCUGUAGACUUCCGUGUUAUGGCAUUGACACUGCGGGCCAGGGGCCUCCUUGCAUACGCUCAGCUGCUCUACCAACAAGCCUGGGGCGGACCUGGAGUCAGAAUUACAGUCUUUCUCAGGCCGACGGCUGUCACUUAUUCCUCAGUCCUUCAACGCUCUGCAUGUUGCAAGCAUACGCCUACAGCCAGACCUAGGUAUUUUCCAUACCCAGGAUCCGUACCUGUACCCUACAGAACUCAGUCACUGUUCGACAGAAGCCACUGCUCCCUGCCGGCCUCCUCCCAGACAACCAUAAUUAGUAGAAACGCUUCUUUCUUCUCUCCGCACUGCCCCCUUCCGAGGGCUUACCACACCAGCCCCACCAUGCACAAACCUGCGUCCGACUCUCCUUCUGGCAAUGGGCACCUUCCGCGCUACUACGAUUACCUGGUGGUCGGGGGAGGCUCGGGUGGGCUGGCAAGUGCUCGCAGGGCAGCGGAACUGGGAGCCAGAACAGCGGUGGUGGAGAGCAGCAAACUCGGGGGCACUUGUGUGAAUGUUGGAUGUGUACCAAAAAAGAUUAUGUGGAAUGCUGCUAUGCAUUCAGAGUAUAUCCAUGACCAUGCAGAUUAUGGAUUUGAGAUUCCAGAUGUAAAGUUUACCUGGAAAGUUAUUAAAGAAAAACGAGAUGCAUAUGUGAGUCGUCUCAAUGAUAUCUACCAAAAUAAUCUUCAGAAGGCUCAGAUAGAAAUUAUUCGUGGGAAUGCUAAUUUCACAUCUGAUCCAGAACCAACGGUGGAAGUCAAUGGCCAGAAGUACAGUGCCCCACAUAUUUUAAUAGCUACUGGAGGGAAGCCUUCAAUGCCAUCAGAUGCAGAAUUGCCUGGUGCAAGUUUAGGCAUCACUAGUGAUGGGUUUUUUGAACUUACAGACUUGCCAAGGCGCAGCAUUGUUGUUGGUGCUGGUUACAUAGCUGUUGAAAUUGCAGGAAUUUUGUCUGCUCUGGGAUCCAAGGCUUCAUUGCUGAUCCGUCAAGACAAGGUACUAAGAACAUUUGAUUCCAUUAUUAGCUCAAAUUGCACAGAAGAGCUAGAAAACGCAGGGGUGGAAGUUUGGAAGUAUGCACAGGUAAAAUCAGUCAAGAAGUCUACAACAGGUCUAGAGAUCAAUGUCCAGUGCUCCAUGCCUGGGCGCAAGCCAACAGUGAGGACAAUUCAGGAUGUUGAUUGCUUACUGUGGGCCAUAGGAAGGGACCCUAAUACUGAGUAUCUGGGCCUGGAAAAUCUGGGCCUUGAGCUCGAUGAAAAGGGUCACAUAGUGGUUGAUGAAUUCCAAAACACCAGCAGAAAAGGUGUUUAUGCUGUUGGUGAUGUGUGUGGCCGAGCACUUUUAACACCAGUGGCAAUUGCAGCUGGAAGAAAAUUGUCUCAUCGAUUGUUUGAAGGUCAGGAGGAUUCCAAACUUGACUAUAAUAACAUUCCAACUGUGGUGUUCAGUCAUCCACCCAUAGGAACUGUGGGACUCACAGAAGAAGAAGCAGUGACUGCAAAGGGAAGGGAAAAUGUGAAGGUUUAUACAACCUCUUUUUCACCAAUGUAUCAUGUAGUAACCAGGAGGAAAACCAAAUGUGUCAUGAAACUGGUCUGUGUUGGCAAAGAGGAGAAGGUGGUGGGAUUGCAUAUGCAAGGACUGGGUUGUGAUGAGAUGCUUCAAGGAUUUGCAGUAGCUAUUAAAAUGGGAGCCACAAAGAAAGACUUUGACAACACAGUGGCUAUUCAUCCGACUUCCUCCGAGGAGCUAGUCACACUCCGUUAAAAAUGUACUUAUCCUUUCCAAAGCACAAGCACUGAUAGACAAAGUUGUUAACUCGGCUAUUAUUUAUAUAGCAAUUUCGCAUUUUUACUUGUUUCUUUACACCAUGGUUGAAUGAUGAUCACUUAACAAUUACACAAUUUUAGAUGUAGCCAAAUGAAAGAAAAUGCAUUUGAUUUUUUUCCCAUGGAUUUGUCUUAUGGUUUAUGUGAAUAGCCAUUAUGUAUUAAUUACAAUUGGUUAACAUAUAUUUGUUGUAAUGUGUUCCUUAACAAAAUUUAACAAAUAAACAGUUUCUAUUUCAAAAAA